UAAACAGAUGAAUACCCUGACUAUGAUAACUUAAAUAAGGAUGAUCACAUAUACCAGGCCUGCAACAAAAACGAUGUAAGGUCAUUCAGCCAAGUUUUCCUCCCCACACUCUACAGCAUGGUCUUCUUUGUAGGAUUCAUUGGCAAUAGCUUGGUGGUGUGUGUCCUGGUCAAGUACCACAAAACAUCCAACAUGUCAGACCUGUGCCUCUUAAACCUGGCUCUUUCAGACCUCCUCUUCCUGAGCUCAUUGCCUUUCUGGGCUCACUAUGCUGCCAUAUCUAAGUGGACCUUUGGAAGCUUCAUGUGCCAAGCAGUGACAGCGCUCUAUAUGCUGGGAUUCUAUGGAAGUACUUUCCUUAUGAUUCUCAUGACUGUGGACCGCUAUGCUGUCAUUGUCCAUGCCUUUACCUGUCUCUCCUUUAGGCACCGAUCGGUCAGAGCUAGUAUAGCCCUGUUUUUAUUUAUAUGGGCACUCAGCUUGGGAGCUUCUGUACCAACCAUCAUUUCAUCCAAAGUAAAGAAUGACUCAAUGAAUGUAUCUAUCUGCACUGAGGAGUAUCCAGAAGGGACACCGUGGAAACCAUUCUUUUACAUUGAGCUAAACAUCUUUGGCUUUAUUAUUCCCCUCUCAGUGAUGGUGUUCUGCUACUCCCGUAUUAUUCCAGUCUUAAUGAGCAUAAAAUCUCAGAAGAAACAUAGAGUUGUCAGACUCAUGUUGGUCUUGGUUAUUGUUUUCUUCCUCUUCUGGACGCCCUACAACAUUGUCAUCUUCCUGAAGUUCCUGCAACUUCUGGGCUACAUGCAAAGCUGUGAGUGGUAUCAAGACCUGAACAUGGCUAUGAAUUGGGUAAAAACCAUAGCGUUUAGUCACUGCUGCCUGAACCCCAUAAUCUACGCCCUUGUGGGGCAGAAAUUCAGGAAUUUGUUUCUGAAGAUCGUGAAAGAGUGUGGCCACUAG